AGUGAAGAUUUAACUGAUUGUUUGGUUCCAUGCAAAAUGAUUUGAGUUGUUGUUUUUGGAUAAGUGUCUGACCUGUCUGCUGUCUGUGCGGCAUGAAGGCGUGUCCUCGCUGUCGCAGCUCAAGUAUUUAAAGGAGGUCUGAACUAGCUUGGCAACAAAAGGCACAGCGAACCGAAGAUUUCUUCCUCCAUGUCCACAUUUCUUCUUUCAUUGAACUGAGAUGCCUGUAGAGACGCGGUCAAUCAGAGACAGGUCUGCAGUGGGACGGUUUCCAUCUGUCACUCUUGGAUUUGGGGAAGACACAGAGGUUGAAAAUAAAGAGCCAGAAGAGGACAAUGCUGAGACAGAAAACGCAUGUCGGCGGUGGCUGCGCAAGGUGUGUCCAUGCUGCUGUCCCAAGCCCAAUGACGAUGACGUCACAGACACUUUGGUGACAGGAGUUGAUGACCUAGAUAAGGAGGAAGAGACAAAUGGGGAGAAGCCUGUGACCGAUGACAACGAGCUUCACAAACUCCUCCUCAAAGUGCAAUCAAUAGACCUGAUGAAAAGCAAAUCAGGGGAGAACCGCACAGAGCACCACACAAAUCUCUACCAAAAUGACGACUUUAUCAUUCGCAGAGGACAGAAUUUCCAGAUGUGGAUUACCCUGUCUCGACCCUUUAACCCCAACACUGACAAACUUCACCUUGAACUUAAAACAGGACCAUUGCCAGCAGUGUCAAAGGGAACCCAUGUCGUCAUCCCUUUGGUGGAGGACUUGGAGGAUGAUCGUUGGGAGGCUGCUGUUGUGAAACAAGAAGACAAAAAGAUAAAACUGUCAGUGAAUUCUCCACCCACAGCCAUCAUUGGCUGUUAUCAACUCACAGUGGAAACUGACAGCCCAAACGGCCGGGCCAUUUCCACACAUGACCCUGCUAAUGACAUCUACAUUUUGUUCAACCCCUGGUGUGAAGAUGACACAGUGUUCAUGGAUUCUGAAAAUGAGAUGCAGGAGUAUGUCCUGAACGAUGUGGGACGAAUCUACUACGGCACACAGGAUCAAAUUGGAGUGCGGACAUGGAACUACGGACAGUUUGAUGAUGGGAUUCUUGCUGUGUGCUUCUUUCUCCUGGAAAAAAGUGGAACUCCUCCGUCCGGCUGGGGAGAUCCAGUAAAUGUGGUGCGAGUCAUCUCAGCCAUGAUCAAUUCCCCUGAUGACCGUGGUGUCCUGGAGGGAAACUGGUCCGGAAACUAUUCAAGUGGAACUAGUCCAACAGUUUGGAGUGGAAGUGUGGAAAUCCUGAAGGAAUACCAUAGAAACAAGGGCACCCCCAUUAAGUAUGGCCAGUGCUGGGUCUUUGCUGGUGUAUUCACUACAGUUUUAAGGUGUUUAGGCAUUCCCAGUCGCACUGUGACCAACUUCAGCUCGGCUCAUGACACAGAUGUCUCCUUGACGACAGACGUAUACCUGGACGAGAACCUGGAGCCUAUAGAUCACCUUAAUGCCGACUCUGUCUGGAACUUCCAUGUGUGGAACGACUGCUGGAUGGCUCGUCCAGAUUUGCCCCCAGGCAACGGAGGCUGGCAAGCUGUUGAUGCCACACCUCAGGAAACCAGCCAGGGAACCUUCCGCUGUGGCCCUGCUUCUCUCGCUGCUGUCCGCAAUGGUCAGGUCUACCUCAAACACGACUCUCCAUUUGUGUUUGCUGAGGUUAACAGUGAUAAAAUCUACUGGCAGAGAAACAUAGAUGGGACUUUCACUCAGAUCUACAGUGAGAAAAAGACUGUUGGCCACCUCAUCAGCACAAAGGCUGUUGGUUCUGAUGAACGCACUGAUAUCACACACCUUUACAAACACCCUGAAGGCACAGAGGAGGAACGCAUUGCUGUGGAAACAGCAUGCCGUUAUGGCUCCAAGGCAGAGGCCUUUUCCUCUCCCACAGCAGAGGAUGUCUCUGUGCAAGUGACCAUGGACGGUGAAGGUCCUAAAAUGGGGCAAAACGCAGAGCUGACCAUCGAGGUGCGAAACAGCAGCUCAGAGCAACGCAACAUCAUCCUGCAUAGUCAGGUGGCAAUCAUGUACUACACUGGUGUCCAUAAGGCCACAGUCAGAAAGGACAAGAUGGACGUGGACAUGCUGCCCAACGAGGUAAAGAUGCUGGAGUGGAUCCUGGAGUAUAAAGACUACAAGGAUCAACUGAUAGACCAGGCUGCCCUGAUGCUUACACUGUCAGGCAGAGUCAAAGAAACACAGCAGGUCCUGGCCACCCAGUUCAGUUUCCGGCUGAGGACCCCAGACCUCAUCAUCAAGCCGAUAGGGAAGGCCGUGGUAGGGGAGAAGAUGGCAGUAGAGAUUUCAUUUACUAACCCACUACCACAGGUACUUAAAGCUGUGAUAUUCCACGUGGAAGGACUUGGCCUUGUAACUGCUCAAAAGAUUAAUUAUGGAGAUAUUGGAAGCCGUGCCUCUGUGUCUCUGUUUCAACACUUUAUCCCUACCCUGCCUGGACCGAGGAAAUUGCUGGCUUCACUGGACUGCAAGCAGCUCACACAGGUACAUGGUGUGAUUGACAUCGUUGUGGAGGAAGAGAACAGCACUCUAUAAUGACUGAAAAACAGACGCACUUUGACUAAGGAAUAAUGAUGUUUUUCGAUGUAUAGUUUUGGAAUGUUAAUAUUUUAAUUUCUAAAAAUAUGACAUUAUAGUACUGCCUUACUGCAUUACAUUGAGAUUUUCAACAAAACCAAUGACCACAGAGCGAUAGCUAAUCAGGAAACAUCAAAGAAAAAUGUGGAUUUCACCUCAGAAAAGACCGACUCUUUUAUAUUCUAUGAAAGCCAGUGUAAUGUUUCUAUUCUUGAGUCCCGCAGUAGUUGCAGAGUUUGGACAGUGUGGCAGCUUAAAUGAAAGAAGUGUACUUUUCUAAAGACAGGUUUUACAUGUUUUAUUUUUUUAAUUAAUAUAUUUAAGGGGGGAGGAAAGCUAUGAGAUGAUAGAGAAUUUUAUUUAAAUAUCAAAAUACAUCUGCAAAUGUUCUUGUAUCAUUAAAAUAAAAAUAAUUAAAAAAAUGUUUCCUGCAGUCUGGU